AUGAAACUUAAUGACGCUUCUCACAAUGACAGCCGAUUUACAAACUUACCACUGCUGCGGCAUGGUGGUAUUGAAACUCAAGGCAUAUCAAAGAUACUGAGUUAUCUCAGAAGUCAGGCAUACGUCUACCUCGGAAACUGUCCCAUGAAACUUAAUGACGCUUCUCACAAUGACAGCCGAUUUACAAACUUACCACUGCUGCGGCAUGGUGGUAUUGAAACUCAAGGCAUAUCAAAGAUACUGAGUUAUCUCAGAAGUCAGAACUAUGGCUUGGAAUAUGGUAUCUCCGACUCAGAGAGUGUGGAACUCGCAUCGUUGGUUGCUCUUAUUGAGAGGCAAUUGACUCCAGCUAUCGAUUGGUUCCUUUGGGGGGAAGAUGAGGUGUUUGUAAAGUUCACGCGCCCCUGCUACACCGCUUCUAUCGGCCGUUUGGAGUCCUUCUACUUACCUUUCAGGUGGCGGGCUUACAAGAUGGAUCUUACGAGGCAUAAACAACUGACCCAUUGCUUCCGGCAACUUUCAGACACGGUGCUCGGACAAGAGCUGUACGCCAUGGGGAAACGCUGUUUGACAGCAUUGUCGUACAUUUUGGAUAAGAAAAAGUAUUUUCUGGCGGACAGACCCACUGCAGUUGACGCCUAUUUGUUCGGUCGACUCUGGCCACUGCUGCUGUAUGAGGCAAGACACGGGACCGCUGACUGGACAUCAUUGGAUAACGCCAAGACCUACAAUGGCCACUCGGCAUCCCAUCCGCUUGUUCAACACCUACUCCAGUGUCCGAACCUUGUAUCCCACUUUAUCCGUAUUCAGAAUACAUAUUUUCCCAAAGCAGCAGCUAGCUUCCGAAAAGACAUCACACUGUCGCAUUCCAAACGCCAACAAACCCUUGGACUGGUCACUGCUCAUCCUGUUCGCGACUGUGUAAUCGUUGGCGUCGGAAUCACUGUACUGUUCCUGAUAUACGCCCGACGUAUUGGUCUGAUCCGGAUGAUCUCCUCCUAGAUUCUAUUCCUGCAGAUAUUAACCUGCUAACCACUGCUUCCUUAAUUGAAUACCACAGCAAAGCUGUGUAUGGCAAUGUCUGCUUCCCGGUGGUUCUACGGCCUCUGAAAAGACGUAUGACUGUUCUACCUCUUGGAAAGUUCUCGGUGGCAAAUGUAUAGACUGUUAGGUUAGUUUUAUAGUCUCAGAA